UCUCCUUCGCUCCAACGUAUGCAUCCGCACGUGUUGGAUAAAACCGUCGAACUCCGCCAAUGUCCCAUAGCCCCCCUGUGAAGCAUUUUUACAAACACCAGUUACAUCUCGCCGUUGGUAUUCCAAAAGCUCGUGGUAAUAAUUUGUUCUCAGCUUCGUAGACCUUUUCUUUUCUUUCUUUCUUUUUUUUUUUUUUUUUUUUUUUCUUCUUCUUCACUUGGGAGGAUAAUAUUUGUUUUCCGAGCUUCUCUCUCUGAGUUUCGUCUUUUAGGGUUUCAAAUCGGACUCGAUCGUAUCGAACCCUCUCGCUUUUCACACCCGCUUCUAAUAAUAAUAAUAAUUAUUAUUAUUGUUAUUUUUUUCUCUCAUUUAGGGUUUCGAUCAUUUCUCGCCAAGCUCGCCUGCUUAGCUACCUCAGAGAUUUUUAAAUUCGACGUCGUUUUGGUGCUCCAUUUGCUCGAAAAAAUUGGGCUUGGGGUUUUGUCCGUAUGGCUGAUUUAUGUGCUUGCAUUUGUAAACGAUGACUACUUUCUAAGCAGUGGUUGGUUUGUUUAGUUCCAAGAUUUUUUUUUUUUCCCGGUUGAAAAUUUAGAUUUGAAGGGUUUGAUCGAGGGAUUUUGUGCUCGACAGCGUUAGAAUUUGGUUGAAUUUGCUGUACAGUAAAUAAAUAGGCUGUGCUGUGUAGCAAAGCUUAUUGCUUGGAGGGUAUUUCAAGAAAAUUAGGUAUAAAUUCGGGGGCGAAUAUUUGGGUCGAACAUGGAUUCGACGCUGGAAGCUGCUGCUGUAGUUCCGGGCACAGUGUUAAUCCCAGUGCGCUUCGUGUGGAAACAUGGUGGGAACAGCGUGUAUCUAUCUGGUUCAUUCACACAGUGGUCUCAGCUUGUGCCAAUGUUGCCGGUUGAGGGUUGCGAUAAUGUGUUUCAGACUGUUUAUGGCUUAAUGCCCGGAUACCAUCAGUACAAGUUUUAUGUUGAUGGACAAUGGCGAUAUGAUGAGUCCCAACCUUAUGUGCCUGGGGAAUAUGGUGUCGUAAACACUGUACUUUUGGCUACGGAUUACAUGGAUGUUGAUAAUGAAGCGUUUCGGCGUAUGGCCCGAGUUACAGAUGGUCCACCGCCUGAGGUGGUGCCAAGUGUAUCGGAAGCUGAUUUACAGGCAUCCCGUCAACGUAUUUCUGUAUUUUUGUCUACUCACACUGUUUAUGAGUUACUUCCUGAGUCAGGCAAGGUUUUUGCCUUGGACGUUGAUUUACCCGUGAAGCAAGCAUUUCACAUGCUGCAUGAGCAGGGAAUCCCUAUGGCUCCACUUUGCGACUUCGGCCGGGGGCAAUUUGUUGGAAUUCUUAGUGCAUUGGAUUUUAUUUUAAUAUUAAGAGAGCUUGGGAGUCACGCAUCAAAUCUGACGGAGGAAGAACUUGAAACACAUACUAUAUCCGCUUGGAAAGAGGGAAAAGCGUAUCUCAACAGACAAAAUGAUGUUCAUGGGAGAGCAUUUCCUAGACGUCUCAUCCAUGCUGGUCCAUAUGAUAAUUUGAAAGAUGUUGCUCUCAAGAUCCUGCAAAAUGAGGUGGCUACAGUUCCCAUUAUCCAUUCAUCUUCAGAAGAUGGAUCAUUUCCACAGUUAUUACAUCUUGCUUCACUUUCUGGAAUUCUAAAAUGUAUUUGUCGAUAUUUUAGACAUAAUGCAAGCUCAUUACCCAUACUCCAACUGCCAAUUUGUACAAUUCCUGUGGGUACAUGGGCUCCAAAAAUUGGAGAAUCAAACCUGCGGCCGUUGGCAACGUUGAGACCAACUCAAGUCAGUUCAAUACCAAUAGUUGAUGACAAUGACUCGUUACUCGAUAUAUAUUGUCGGAGUGAUAUAACAGCUUUGGCUAAAGACAGAGCUUAUACGCAUAUUAAUCUUGAUGAAAUGACAAUUCAUCAGGCACUGCAGUUGGGACAAGACUCGUACUCUCCUUAUGAGCUGAGAAGUCAAAGAUGUCAGAUGUGUUUGCGCUCUGAUUCGGUGCAUAAAGUGAUGGAGCGAUUGGCAAAUCCAGGUGUCAGACGGCUUGUCAUUGUGGAGGCUGGGAGCAAGCGAGUGGAAGGCAUUGUUUCUCUCAGCGAUGUUUUCAAGUUCUUGCUUGGCUAAUAAUAAUAAUAAUUCAAAGCGAUGACUGAAGAAGAUAUAACGCGGAGUGGUUCGUGCGGUCUUUUAGACUUCCAGAUGUUUGUGGGCGCCAUCACCUGCACGGCCGUUCCAUAGAGACUCCAUUAGUUUACACGAUGACUGGAUCUCGUUUCACUGAAAUAUAAAUAUUCGAUUCGCAAUUGGAUUGGCCUCUUGCUUCAACGCCUGCUUUUUUAGGAUUUUAGGCUAAAGAGAGAGGCUGUAGAUUGAGAGGAUUUGAUUCUCUCCCAAAUUUGUUCAUCUUUCCUCCCCUGUCCAUAUUAUUUAUCACUCACUUUUUUAAGAUACAUAUUUAAUGGGGAGGAACAUGGCGCUUGUAAUAUUCCUAAUGCUGCAAGCAAAUGAAGUAAGAUAGUGUGAAAGAGAGGGUGGAUGGAUACUGAAUGAUUAAAGUUAUUGUGUUUAGCUUCA